CCUUGUUCCUUUAAAAGUCUCUCGCUACUUCAUCGCCCACUUCCCGCCUCUCGUGACUCUUUUCUUCAAUCAAUACUCUCGCUUACCGCAACCUCUUUUUUAUUUAUUUUUUCUUCCCACCAUCGUUUUAAUAUCCAUCACACUAGGUCUGCUAUCGACCUCACUCUCGUUACCAGACGCCCAACGAACGUCACCUAUAGCAUCUCUCUUAUACCGACCACACGCUCGCUCGCCACCCCGUAAACGAUAUCCUGUCCUGAUAUUACUGCAAAGUCAUCGCCGACCCCGGUAGAAGGAUUGUGUGUAUCAGGUUUGGACCAGCAGGCAACCCGACGCUUUUACGCGUUUGACAUCUUAGCUUGGCCUGCUGAGUGAGCACCAUAUCGAGUCGACAAGACAAGACAACCUUUUCAACCACCCAAACGGCAUUGCCGUCUAAUACUUCUCUUCAUUCUUCACCUCACCAGUCAAAAUGUACGCCACACGACUCUUCCAGCUACUCCUGGUAGCUCUCUCCGUCGUCUGUGUCGCCCAGGCAACAUGGAUCGAUAUGGACAAGGUUCACCAGAACGAACGCCGACUCGUUCGAAGACAAAGCCCUACCCAGGCGGCCGAUCCCACUACCGCUGCCGAAGAGACCAAACCCUCUGACACCAAGGAGGAGGAUUCCGCUGCUGCCUCCCCCACCGAGGACACCAACAAGGAGACCUCUGCAGCCGAUACCGCCAAAGCCUCUGAGCCUACAAACGACUCGAAGCCGUCUGCCACCGAGGCCGAUCCUGCACCUGAAACCUCCGCCGCUGAACCCGACCCGGAGACCAGCGCUGCUGCCGAGCCCACCAAUAAGGCCACUUCCAAGACUGCCGAGAAGACUUCCGCCAAGCCUGCAGAGACCGCUGCGUCGUCAGCAGCAGAUGACUCUGAGCCCACUACUUCUCCUGCUGCCAGCCAAGACAACAACUCUGCUCAGUCUACUCAGCAGGAAGCUCCUGCGACAACAACAUCUUCCUCCAACAACAGCGGAAACAGUGACGACGACACGAGCAGCACUGACAGCAACGAUGACACUCCCAGCAAGACUGCCGAGGAGAAGAACACCCGCACCACGGCUCAGCCUGUCACUUCCACUUUCAUCGAUGUUGUCACCAGGACCAACAGCGACGGAGACCUGGAGACCAUGACCACAACCAGCGUGACGACCUCGACUCCCGGCCUUAGCGGGGACAGUAGCGACAGCUCUUCCGGCAUGUCACCCAAGACCCGCAACACCGUCAUCGGUGUCGUUGUCGGUAUUGGUGGUGCUAUUGUUGUCGGUGCUCUCGCUGUUGUUGCCUGGAGGAUCUGGGGCCGCAAGAAGCACAAUGAUGAGGCCGAUGGUCUUAUGGACUUCAACGAGACCAACAACGGCAGCGGCCACGGAAUCAACUCUACCAACGGUGCCUACCACGGCGUCGAGAAGACUGAGCCCGGCAGCAUCGGCAGUGCUGGCGGUGCUGCUCCUGGGCGCUCUCCGUUCCAAGCCACCCUCGACAACUACCACCAGCCCACGCAAGUGAACGCCUCAUCCAACUUCUGAUCAGCAUCCUGAUUAGGAUGAGAUUCUGUUUUUCGCAUCUUUACUACAAAAGCCAUCAUUUCAUACCCAUCCAAUUUGAUGGAUAUUUGCAAGAGGCAGGGGCGUUCCGGGCACGGUAUGGCUUGAUCAUUGGGGACAUAGAGGAGUUGGACGAAUUUGAUAUCAAUACGACAUGAAAGUUAACGGCUGCAAUCGACUGGAGCAGCAUAUAUUUGUCUACCUCCCUGGCCAGUGAGGUCUCAGGACCAUGGCCUUUGGGCCCCUUUUUAGUAUUAUGACUUGGUUUCUCGGACAGUGUUGGAUUUUGUUUCCCCUCUGGACUAUGACCUUGUCGCGACUAUGAUCGCAUCUUACUUCUUGACAUGAAUUAUUGGGCUCCUUGCUUAGCCGCCUGGCAUCUUGAAGCGGGUGAACCUGUAUCUAGAAACUCAAAUAAUAAUAAGACCCCAAGCUCAGCUUGGUAUGAUUCGUCGGAUUGC